ACCGGUUUUCGUCAUUCGAUCUGAAAGUUUUGCUGGUGGAACGUGUAAAGAAGGGGCUGGAGAGCAACUCAACAUCGAAGCAGAAAGCGCGUCUACCGUCCUUAAAAGACGGUAAAGCGACUGUCCAACUCGGACAAGAAAAGGACAAGGGUGUGCAAACGCCCUCAGUGGUCUGCUAAAAGGGUAUAGACCCUCUUUACCGUGGAUUCUCCCGAAUCGAUCAUCAGUAACUUCAGUUCAGAAUGGAAUUUUACGGAGACUCCAUUUGUAAAAACAGCCAACAUGGCUUGCGAGGCAGUAGUCGGCCUCGCCCUAAAGCCAGGCCGAACAGUAGAUGGCUUGAUAGGUCAGAGCAACCACCUUCUCCGAGACCCUCCGGCCUCGGACUUGGCUCAACAGGCUGCUCUGAUCUCGAGCAGUCUAUUUAACCAUGGUGAUCCCGACCUGUCUUUCUGCGAUGUUCUAGCAGACGCCAUUGAGACAGAGUCGGACAAGCCUUCCACCGUCAAUGUGGAAGAAUUCACAGACCUCAUGCUCUUCCCGGAGCUGCAAGGAGUCUUUGAAAUUGACGACUUUCCGGUAUUUCAAGACUUUCCUUUUGAGCCCUUGGGAGGAGUAGAUGGCAUGCUCAAGCCGACGAGGGAAACGAUCCCAUCCAUUGCUACGGUUGCCGAUAGCAACGGUGAGAUCAGCCCGGCUGAGAGCGAUGCGUCUGUCGAACAUUUCUUCAACACAUUUACGGACCUGACCAGGUUUCUCGAUAAACUUGAGGAGGCUGGUCCAUCUGAUUUCAAUGACGUGGCUACUUUCAUCGCAGAAAGCAACAAACCCUUUGGAAAUGAUGCAGAACCUUCUGGAACUGCUACCAUGACAACCCUGCCAACAUCUGUUGGCUCUGAGACAGCAAGCAAUGAUGAGAUUCGUGUCGACCCCACUGGCCCAACCAAAAUGGACAGUGAGGCCCCUCCCACAAAGAGGGCACGCACAUCUCACUCCAAACCCUCUAAAGCUUCAGCCGAGCAGAAGUACCGACACCGCCGCGAUAAAAACAACGUGGCGUCGCAACGUUCUCGAGCAUCCCGCAAAGUGCGCGAGAAGAGUAUGGCUGUUAAAGCUAAAGAGCUGGAGGCAGAUAAUGAGCGUUUGAGAAAGCGCAUCGACGAACUUUCUGUAAUUGCCGAAGAGGCACGAAAGUGCCUUGUUGAAUCUCUGUCUCAGAAGUAAUCUGGUUUAGUGGUUAACUAAACGGGUGUAAUCUCCAAUUUCACUAACUAGGUCAUUAUUUCUCAACUCACAAAACACACUUUGUUAAGGUGACUGCACAGGAACUGAGUUCCGAAAUACAUUUAUUUUAUGACGCUUUAUAACUGUGUCACCUUGUAGUUUUACAUCAUUUUAUUUCUGACUGGAAUAAAAUGGUUGAGAAUUACUGGACAAAGAUGUGGUAACUGUGAAUGUUGUGAGGACGUUGGAGAUUUUAACCCAGUUUUCCAUUGACUAACAGAUUACUCUGAUUGCGGAAACACUUUUAAGAAAAGGAUUAUAUUUUGUAAAAAGGUAGGUUUAGUUUUAGACCAGGAACGUAGUUGUACACAUUUGUUUUAUGUACAAGCUGUUUUCACAUAUGUACCAAGUUGUCAGAUUAUUUGUUAAUGACACACAUAAUGUGACCUCCCUCAAAAUAAGAAUCACAUUGGCAUUGGCAUUAUUUAAAAUGUUACCAUGAUAACAUUUUAUUUAAUUACAAACAGCCAACGUUGGUUAUCUGUUUUUUGUUUCUCCACAUAGUAAAACAAAAACAAAAGUCUGAAUACUUGUCAUUGCCAAAAGCAAUCCAGAAAUAUUUAUAGUGCAGAAACACAUGAUGUACAAAAUAAUUAUUAGUGGAACUAACAAAAUGACUACAUGUUGAUUUUUACUUUGUAGGAGCAUUUCUCUUCGAGUUUUACAUCAAAAUAAUUUUCAUAAGCUGGAGUUCCGUGAAAUUGUAAGUAAAGCGGGGACAAUAUACAACAUUAAAAAAAAAUUUUUAAAGGGUUGGAUAAUGGAUUAAUUUCAAUUGAUUGUGUGUGGAAACAAUGUCUUUGAAACAUCAGGUUUAGUCAAUCUUAAACUAAUUGAUUUGUUUAAUUGGGUGUGUAAGAUAAAAAUGUUCAUUUACUAUUUAGUCAGUUUACCAACUGUUUUAAAAAUGUUUUAUCUGAAAACAAACCUGUACUCAGUUCUGUAUAUAUUUUUGUUAAAGUGUACAUGUAAAUAGUUAAAAAAAAAAAUUAUUUUGGAAAAUCUCUGGGGCACUGAAUUAUCAAGAUAAACAAACAUGGCUUAGAUGUCCUAAAAUUCGAUAGCGAAAUUGGUAAUUAGAUUGCCACUUUCCCCAUAUCAGACAGUAUUUUUUAUAUUUCAAAUCAAUACUUGUAAAGUGAAAGAUUUGUAGUUGCCUGUGAGCACUGGGUUUAGCUGGUAUUGUUGUUAAUUUGGAAAUAAAUGUUAAAUAAGUUGAUAAAGAAUAAUAAGAUUGAGGAUUGUGGUAACACCAUAUUAUUUAUAAUCUUAUAAAUGGUGCUGCACACCGUGUCGGCCAAUGUCAUACUAGAGACUUUUAUCACGGUGAAGCAAUUCUUUUUCUUCAAAAUUCAAACCAAUUGUAACCAAACUGAGGCUCUAAGGGAAAUUAGUCUUGAACCUUUUGAUAAAGAGGGAAUUUAAAUCUUGGCGUUAUUGUCAAACCAGGGAAUCUAACAUCUGUAGUGGUAAUGGGAGACUUUCUGGGACGAUAGAGGGCAGCAGACUUACCGGGUAAAUCCAUUGUUCUCAGAAUUAUGCGC